AUGACGAUGGAUGAUAACUCGAGCGCAGUCUCAAUGAACGAAGCGGGACAUGCGACGUUCUUCCCUGUCAUUUUCAUAAUGAUAGGUGUCGUAGGCGCCAUCGGCAACACCUUGGUCUGUGUGGUAAUCGCGAGUGCGAUCACGAGGUCGAAAAGCAGCAAUGUCAAUCUUCUCAUCCUGCACCAAGCAUUCAUCGAUGGUGUAACGUCUGUUGUUUUAUUUCUCAGCUACACAUUACCCGUUCCCUUUAUACCAAAGACGGGAGGCUGGGGAGAGUUCCUCUGUCGAAUGUGGGUGUAUGAAAGCCUUCUGUGGAUGCUCUUUGUCGUGUCAACCUACAAUCUCUGCAUGAUGUCUCUGGAGCGUUUCGUAGCUGUUGCAUAUCCUCUGACCUACUCCACCAAAUUCAACCAGCGAACCUCCAUCCUGAUGAUUCUCUUUUGCUGGAUCAUAGCCCCACUACUGCAUUACUACUACCCUGUUGGGGACAACUACAAUGAUGGUGGUGUUUGCAAGAGUCGUGGUAAUCGUGCAGUCCUGGCUGCAGUAGGUAUCAUGGUCUUCUUCUGGGAGUUUUUCAUCCCAUUAGUCAUCAUGACUGUGGUUUACGUGCGAAUCGUGUGUCUGCUUCGAAAGCAACAUCAAAGAGUCCAAGGUUCUAGUGCUAACACAGGCAAUCAAGACCGUCAAAAUGGGCAACUUCGGCAACCCUUUCAGGUCUCUCCUGACCCCAGUGGGGCUCGAAAAGAAGGUGCCCCUGAUAGCUCGCCACAUCAUCAACAGCAGAGACGUCCUCCAGCUCAAUCUCAGAAAGUUCGCCGUAACGUAACCUUCACUCUCUUGGCCGUCUUCAUCAUGUACGUUGUUUGUUGGCUGCCUAAUCACCUGACCUUCUUGCAACAUGGAUUCGGAGGUCCUCUUGAUUACGGUGGCAUAUGGUUCAAUGUCAGCCUUGUCCUUGCCUAUCUCAACAUGGGCAUCAACCCACUCAUAUACGCCCUCAAGUACAAGCUCUUCAGAGAGGGAUUCAAGAAACUCUUUUGUUUCUUCGGAUGUCCUUCUGCUACCCCUUCGGAUACAGUUCGUACAAUAUCAGGCUCCGAUAGAAGCUAA